UUUGUGUUAGCUAGCAAUGGGGAAAGAAGCCUUGCUUGGAUUAUCAUAGACCCUCUUCAAUGUGAAUACCUAUUGCUUUCUCAGUCAUUUGUAGAUUAAGACCCUGGACACCACAAAGUCUAUUUAAAGGGCCUGGAGGUUCUCAAGGUAUGGCCAGACACUUCAUCUUCUAUUUUAUCCUGCUGACUGCUCUGAUGGACAGAGGCCAAUCCUGCUUCUGUGAUCACUACCCAUGGACUCAAUGGUCCAGUUGCUCAAAAACCUGCAAUACUGGAACGCAGAGCAGACAGAGACAAAUAGUAGUAGAUAAUUACUAUUGGGAUAACUCAUGUGACCAGCUUUGCACUAAGCAGGAGACCAGGCAAUGUAACUGGCAAACAUGUCCUAUCAACUGCCUCUUGGGAGAUUAUGGGCCAUGGUCAGACUGUGACCCAUGUGUUCAAAAACAGACUAAGGUUAGAUCUGUCUUGCGCCCUAGUCAAUUUGAGGGACAACCAUGUACCGAGCCCCUGGUGACCUUCCAACCAUGCAUUCCAUCUAAGCUCUGCCAAAUUGAAGAGACUGACUGCAAGAAUAAAUUCCGCUGUGACAGUGGGCGCUGCAUUGCCAGCAAGUUAGAAUGCAAUGGAGAAAAUGACUGUGGAGACAACUCAGAUGAAAGGGACUGUGGAAUAACAAAGGCAGUGUGUCCGCGCAAGUAUAAUCCCAUCCCCAGUGUACAGCUGAUGGGCACUGGGUUUCAUUUUCUGGCAGGAGAGCCCAGAGGAGAAGUCCUUGAUAACUCUUUCACUGGAGGAAUAUGUAAAACUGUCAAAAGCAGUAGAGCCAGUAAUCCAUACCGUGUUCCAGCCAAUCUGGAAAAUGUCAACUUUGAGGUACAAACUGAAGAAGAUGAUUUGGAAACAGAUUUCUACAGGGAUCUAGUUGAUCUUGGAAAAAAAGAAAAUCAACAAGCCUCAUUUUCGGGUGCAAAGAAGAAUUCUUUUCAUGUACCAAUUUUUUAUUCCUCACAAAAAAGUGAAAGCAUCAAACAUAACUCAGCUUUCAAACAAGCCAUUCAAGCCUCCCACAAAAAGGAUUCUAGUUUUAUUAGGAUCCAUAAAGCAAUAAAGGUCUUAAAUUUCACAAUGAAAUCUGAGGAUCUGCAGCUUUCUGAUGUUUUUUUGAAAGCACUUAACCAUCUGCCUUUAGAAUACAACUCCGCUUUAUACAGUCGAAUAUUUGAGGACUUUGGGACACAUUACUUCACCUCCGGCUCCCUGGGGGGUGUGUAUGACCUUCUCUACCAGUUUAGCCGUGAGGAGCUAAAGAACUCAGGUUUAACAGAGGAUGAAAGCCGAAACUGUGUCAGGAUUGAAAAGAAGAAACGGAUUGCUUUUUUUAAGAAAACAAAAGUAGAAAAUCGGUGUACCACUAACAAGUUGUCAGAAAAAUAUGAAGGUUCCUUUUUGCAGGGAGCAGAAAAGUCCAUAUCCCUGGUCCGAGGUGGGAGGAGUGAGUAUGCAGCAGCUUUGGCAUGGGAGAAAGGGUCCUCUAGUCCAGAGGAGAAAGUAUUCUCCGAGUGGUUAGAAUCAGUGAAGGAAAAUCCUGCUGUGAUUAACUUUGAGCUUGCUCCCAUCGUGGACUUGGUAAGAAACAUUCCCUGUGCAGUAACUAAACGGAACAACCUCAGGAAAGCUUUUCAAGAAUAUGCAGCCAAAUUUGACCCUUGCCAGUGUGCUCCUUGCCCCAAUAAUGGCCGUCCCAUGCUCUCAGGAACUGAAUGUCUCUGUGUAUGUCAGAGCGGCACCUAUGGCAAGAACUGUGAGAGACGGUCUCCAGAUUAUAAAUCUAGUGCAGUGGAUGGGAACUGGGGCUGCUGGUCUACCUGGAGCAUGUGCGAUCCCACUUACAAGAGAUCAAGAACCCGAGAGUGCAAUAACCCUGCCCCUCAGCAGGGAGGAAGAGGCUGUGAGGGAGAGAAGCAUCAAGAGGAGGACUGCACAUUUUCUAUAAUGGAAAAUAAUGGGCAGCCAUGUAUCAGUGAUAAUGAAGAAAUUAAAGAGGUAGAUCUUCCUGAGCUGGAGGUAGAUUCAGGAUGUCUUCCACCAGUUCUUCCAGAAAAUGGAUUUAUCUGGAAUGAAAAGAAACUGUACUCGGUUGGGGAAGAAGUUGAGAUUUCGUGCCUUACUGGAUUUAGAGCUGCUGGAUACCAGUACUUCAGAUGCUUGCCAGAUGGGACCUGGAGACGAGGCGAUGUGGACUGCCAACCGGCAGAGUGUCUCAAGCCGGUUGUCCAGGAAGGCCUGAUGCUUAUGCCAUUCCAGAGAACAUAUAAAAUUGGGGAAUCCAUUGAGCUGGCCUGCCCCAAAGGCUUUGUAGUGGCUGGGCCAUCACGGUACACAUGCAAGGGGGAUUCCUGGACACCACCCAUCUCAAACUCACUCACCUGUGAAGAAGAUAUUCUGACAAAAUUAAAGGGACAUUGUCAGCCAGGUCAAAAACAGUCAGGAUCUGAAUGCAUUUGUAUGUCUCCCGAGGAAGACUGUGGUCAUUCCUCAGAAGAUAUCUGUGUAUUUGAUAUGGAUUCCAGCCAUUACUUUACUUCAUCUGCUUGUAAGUUUUUGGCGGAGAAAUGUUUAAAUAACCAGAAAUUCCAUUUUCUACAUAUUGGUUCCUGCCAAGAUGGACCACAGUUAAAAUGGAGACUUGAAAGGACAAAACUCGCAUCCAAUAGCACAAAGAAGGAAUCCUGUGGCUACAACACGUGCUAUGACUGGGAAAAUUGUUUAGCUUCCAGUUCCACUUGUGUCUGCCUGUUGCCCCCCAAGUGUCCCAAGGGUGGGAACCAACUCUACUGUAUCAAAAUUGGAUCCUUGUUACGUGAGAAAACAGCAAACAUCUGUGAAGUGGGAGCCUUGAGGUGUGCGGACAGGAAGGUGGAAAUCCUGCACCCUGGGAGGUGUCCGGCCUAACACAACUACUGAAAAACAGAUUUGUAUCCAAAAAUAAUCCCUACAGAAAGACCUGCUGGCACGGCCAGAAGUUACUGACAGAUUAUUUUGUGUUGGUUUCAUAUCAUAAUUCUCCCCCCAAGUCUCCAGUUUUAGCCUCCCCUAUCCGGUCCACCCAUGUCACCCUAUAGCAUUAUACUUCCACAUCUGUCUAAUAAAUUCUCUUGUUCACAUUGCAUGAAAUUGAUUGAUUUUCUGAGGACCCUAUGAAAUGAAGCACGCUAAAAAUUAAAAUGAGAACAAAAAACCAUGAUUUUCAUUUUGAUGAAUUAAUAAACAUUGAAAUCUACAGACCCUAUAAAACCCACUCUGGAAAGCUAUUGUCCAUGUAUUCAUUCAGCAAGUAACUCCUGAGUGACUGCAAUGCCAAAUACUGGUCAAGGUUGUAGGCAAAAGCCCUUCCCUACAUAAAACUCAUCUUCAUACGAUUUUAGAAAUACCAAAACCAAAAAGCAUGUAAAAUGUGUAGUAAGUUUGAUAUUGAACAUUUCUGUGAAGGAAACAAAGGAGGGAAGGGUGAGUCCCACCCUUCAGCCUCAUCUUAUUCAAGGAAUAUUCCACGGC